GCCUAAAAUCAUAUCAUGGAAGAUAAUAUCAAAGAAUAUUCGAAGGUGUCGAACAAUUCUUUGAACACUCCACAAGAGCAAGUUGCUCGUAGCAGUAUGGAAAAAUUGAAGAAAUCAGAAACUGAAAUUCAACCGAAAAAUGUCGUCAAAUCGACCUCAAUGAUUGCCCUUAAAACAUCCGAUUCGAAGGGUGCUGGUAACCUGGAAGUUCCUGUCAGUUCUCCAGAUCUCCAGAAAAUGGAUGACCCAAUCGAAAAGUCAGAAACCUACAUAACAAAAACAAAUCAAACAAUAUUGGAAACAGGAUAUGUCAAGCACAAGGAAGAAGGGAAAGUUGAAAAUGAAAUUCAAGAAUUAUUUAAAGCAAAUAAUCUAGAUGAAGAUAAGCCUCUUGACUUGAAGAGUGGGAGAAAGGGCGUCUGUUUUGAAAUAGCCGAAAGUCCUGAUAGAAUUUGCCGAAAGGGAAUCUGUAAACCUUCGCCUGAAGUCAAAGAAGAAAAAUCGGAAACUGGAAAGGACUAUUCAGUGACGAAGAAGAUUUGCCGUCGAGAGAAUUUGGGACUGCUCACUUGCAUCAACCGACCUUUGGUGAAAGGAAAAAAAACUGGUAUAGAAGAGAUCGAUGCAUCUCGUUGUACGACAUUGAUCGAAACUACCGUUUUCAAAGCAUCUGCCGAGAAAAUAGAUGAAUCCAUAAUCGAUGAAACGAAAAUCGAAGGAGUGGAAAAUCUCUUUGAGUCUGACGAAGAGAAUGGAAGAGAAACUGAAGAAAAAACAGCUGAUGAGGAAGAUGACGAACUGCUGAGGGAAGAUGAAACGCAAGAAGUUGCCGAAGUUUGCGAAUGCUGUCACUGUGCAAUAUGUAGAUGUAAACCCAAAUAUGUAAGGAGAGAACUAACAGAGUCUCAAAUGGAAAUGAGGAGAUUGAAAGCUCUGCAACUUGGUCUAGCGAAAGAUAAAUUAAGAAUGGUAUACUCCUGGGACACUUUAAAAGUUCCUACUAACUGGGAUUUUGAAAAAGAACAAAAAAUGCUCAGAAAAGCCGAACUGGAGGCGAUGUUAGAAGGAGCGGAAAAAUUGGAAAGGGAAAGAAUAGAAGCCCUGGCUGCACUCGAAGCAGAAGGAGAGCAAGAAGAAGAAGAGGAAGAGAAAGAAGGCGGAACAGAAGGAGAUAGGAAGGAAAGAAGGAGAGAAAGAGAAACGGAAGAAGAUUGGGCUAGGUACAAGGCUAUGGAAUGGGCAGGCCUUCGUCAAGAAUACACCCAUCCCGUCAAAACUUUAAAACUAGAUGAUCUAGAUGAAUUGUCCAACAUUUCAUGGACAUCUCAGCCCAAUCCACAGUAUCUCCUAGGAACAAUGGGAACCAAAAGAAGUAUAUCCACAUCUACCACUACUACUUACUUAGGUCCAAUUGAGGAGCGCGAAAAGUCCUUUGUGAAAGUGAGUUCCAAAGGUGUCAAACUAGAUGUACGACAAACAGAGAAAGAGAUGGAAAAAUUAUUCAAAGAAAGAAAGAGGAGGCAGAUCCAAGGAGUCGAAAAGAGAAGAGAAGCAGGAAAAAGGGUCAAAAUGACCGAAUCACUUCCAGAAUUAUCUCCAGUUGAUUCAUUACUGCAAGCAGAUACAUCCUCGAUAGAACUAGAGCAAAGACCAGAAAUUUACGACAGCCAUGUACAAGUAGCAGAUGGUAAGAAAAAGAAGAUGAAACCUUCGAAGGUUGCUGCUAAGGAAAUAGAUGAAAAUCGUUUACCACUGGGACUGAGAAGAGAGGCUCGAAAAUUGAAAAAACCCAAACAUAAAACCUUCAAGGCUUUGCCAGAAUAUGAAGCUGCAAGACUAGCAGCACUUCAAGCUCUUGAUAGGGACGCGAGGGCAACACAGUCAUGUCCCUGUCUACCUGGUUACUGCACAUGUGAAGGGGAUGGACAUUGGACCUUCUUGAAGUCCGAGCCUAAUCAAGAUCUCCUCGCAGACACUGGCGCUGUCACAGCUGAACGAACCGACAGUGAGCUGAGAGCAGCGGGCGUUUACGUAUGGGAAGAUAAUGAGUGUCCCUGCUCACAUUCAUACGAAGACUUACAUCCUACCCCAGAAGGUAGUGGAGAUUUCGUUGUAGCCAAAUCGUCAGAAUUGAGGAAAAAAAUUAUUCGUGAUGAAUACAUUUGCUCCUGCACGAAAAGAUAUGGGCAAACAGUUUUGAUCGUCAAACCUGACGCUAUGAUAUUCGAGGACGUAAUACGUAGAGCUCUUACCUACGUUGGUGGAUUAGAAAUCGUAAAUGAAAGGAAAAUCAUUUUAUCACCGGAGCAAGUUGCAGAAGUAUACUCGGAUAAAUAUUAUGGUGGUCAAUCGUAUCCACUCUUUGUCCUGAAAAUGAGUCGUAGUCCAGUUUUGGUUCUAUGUUUGGCUGGGUUGAGAGUUAUGGAUGUUAUUGAGUCAAUGAUAGGAAAAAAUAGAUAUAUCCCCGAUUCCUGGUUCCUUCCAGAAAGCAUCAAACGACGAAUAGUGUUAUCGGAAGAUUUAGAUGAUGCUUUUCACAUUUGUGAAGAUGCAGAGCAAGCUGCUGUUGAAAGCCGAUAUUUCUUUCCAAACUUGUUGGUGGAACCGAUUCCUACUGUCCCGAGCAAAAUAAAUGAUCUCCGCAACAAGUACCUGGAACCAACAUUAUCAAAAGGCCUAGCAGCUGUUGCCAGAGCAAAGCCCUCAGAUCCAAUUUUAUACUUAGCAGAAUGGCUUUUAACUCACAAUCAUUUUCAGCCUUGGUAUAAGCCUCAAAAUAUUAAUAUGGUUUCAAUUUGAAGAUUCAAAAAUUUUCCUAUAAAUAUGGGAUAUUAUAUAGUUUUUCCGGAUAAUAUGCGAAUAGUGAUCUCUAAGUUUCAACAAAUAUUUCACUUAACUAGUAGAUAUAUUUAUAUACAAUAAGUUUACUUUUAUAUGCUUUACUUUUAUUCGGUUUUAGACAUAUCCUUAUAAUAAACCAUAAC